UAUAUGUCAGUAUUUAGCUCAUGAUCCGCUCUAUUUACCGUUGAAAAAACAAGGUGUAUAGAUAUUUCACAAUAAAGGAAUGAAUAUAAACUACCACUGACAAUUGGAUGUAGAUUUACCUUUGUGUCGGCUAGCAUCUAAUAUGAGUUCAGCGCUAGCCUUCCUGGCAAGUGUUGCCUUGAUGGGCUUGGGUGUGACUGGCGAUGGGCAUGACAGGGAACAUGGUAGCGUUCACAACAUAAUCUCGGAGCGGUGCUGCCCGAGUGAUGAAUGCUACCCCUCUCAGAUGGACAUGGCCGCCCUCAACCAUGGCAUGAACGGGCACCUGCUGUUGCCAAGCUUUCCCGAGUACAGUAAACAGGCACAUAUGUACAACACCGUUGAACAGAGGUACCCAAAUUUGAUCGCCGUGGUUAAGAACGCUGAUGAUAUCCAGAAAGCGGUGCAGUUCGCGCGGAAAUACAACUUACACGUGACAGUACGGAGCUCGGGGCAUGACUAUGUGGGCCGCUCCACGUGGGAGGGAAGUUUCCUCAUAAACCUGUCCGAGAUGGACGAGAUGGAGAUAGACUUGAGCAUGGAGAGGAGCCCACAUGGCACGGUCAAGGUGCAGACCGGGUUACAAUGGCAGGAGAUAUACAAGGAGUUGAAUGCGGUCGGGCGUGUUGUGGUUGGCGGCAGCGCCCACACAGUGACCCCGGGAGGCUACACGCUGGGUGGUGGGCACAGCCCCGUGUCCCGUUCCCUUGGAUACGCCGUCGACAACCUGCUAGAGGCUCAGGUGGUGCUUGCUGACGGUUCGAUCGCCACUGCGACGGCGAACAGGACGGUGAUAGUCACCCCGGAAGGCGAUACCAUGUAUCACGAGAACGGAGACCUGUUCUGGGCACUUAGGGGCGGCGGUGGGGGCACAUUUGGAAUUGCCGUGUACUUUGUGUACCGUCUGCACCCAAUGCCGUCACAGAUGGUAGUUUUCAGUAUGCCCGUUCCCAUUGAAAUGAACGUUUUUGGGAUAAACUAUUUCGAAGAGGUAUUAGAAGUUUGUGAGCAGCUACUGGAGAAAAUGCCGCCUACAUGGGGUGGCUACUGGAUGCUUAACAACUUUCCGGGAUCUUACGAGGACCCGGGAUCCAAAACCAUUAUCAAUUAUAAGGGAUUGCUAACAUUCUACUUUAACAAGUUUGCACCCUGGAAUGGAUCCGAGCACAAAGAAUUAGAGGCCGCAGUCAACUGGGCAAGAAGCAAACAAGUACCAUUCACCUUCACAAACAAGACGGAUUUCUGGGACUACGAGAAGGACUCGUAUGACCCGCCAAUCGUGCGCGCAUAUAUGGCGAACACCUUGUUGCAGCCGGGACAGGCCGGGGAGGACUUCCGGGCAUUCAUGAGGGAGCAGCUGUUUGUGGGAGUGGCUAGAGAAUUGUGGAUUGCAUGCACAGGGGCUCUGUUGGGAGGAAAAACCACGGAAGCUCCCUUAGCGAGCACACCCCUACAUCCGGGAUAUCGGUCGACAGUGACGUCAUUGUCAUGUGGACUCUCCUUGGGCGACGCCGAAAGUGGGGUCCCUCUCUUGAAUCAGACCACAGAUAACGAUGAGCUUAUCGAAUACUUCCAGACGUUUGCAAAAGGAAUAAGAAAUUUCGGGAGCGGCAUGUACUUGAACGAGCCGUGGAAAGAUAACCCUUACUGGAAGGAGGACUUCUGGGGAACCGAGAAUUACGAGCGUCUGUUGCUGAUCAAGCGUCGUUACGACCCAGACAACUUCUUCACUUGUCAUCACUGUGUCGCUUCUGACGUGAUAGAUAAAACGGAUCCCAGACCGGCGCCGCCCGUGGGACACGCUUUCACAUGUCUGGCGUCGUGGAGUUUAGUUAUCUUCACAUAUCUGGCGUCUUGUUUCCUAUUUUAAACACAGCAUGGCAACAAAUCAUAUUUUGAUAAUUCCUAUUAAAUGUAUUGCAGAAUAGUUAUGUAUACGAUUAUCUGUUAUGAUGUUUAUCUUAUAAGAGCUAAUGUGUUAACAUGUUCGAAUUCACUACCCUGGCUACCGUUAUUAACCUUUAACACUACAUUUACUAUUGUUCCUUCGUCGGAGCUUGUCAAAGGUCAUGCGGAUAGCAACAUCGGCUUAUAAGCCUUGUCGUAUCUGGACACCGAUUGGUGGUUGGUUUGAUUGACAGGUCAUGUCAUGUCAAUUAUGGCGCUUUGGAACAUGAAUGCGUAAAUUACUAAUACGUAACAUUUGCAUGAAAGGUAAACAUAAAUAAGCUGUUAUCCAGUUCCAUUUAAUUGAAUAUUUUAAGUCAUUAAUAUUUUUAUGUAUUUAUGGUGUGCUUCUCUAGACGUUAUUGAGUGACAAGAUUAGUAACUAGAUAACUUGUAACAUUAAACGCCAUAUUCUGUGUUGUGCUAUGACAAUACGUUUUAUACUCAAUCAUCGAUUGCAUCUGUAUUUCUGAAAGCCUAGGAGGAUAAUAUGACAUAUCAUGUACUAAUAAAUAUUUUGUGUUUGUUUAUUGUUUAAUCUUCAACACCAAAUCAGUUUGUUGCUGUAUUAAGUCCACUAUUUUCAUCCUAGUGUAUGAUAUAUCAGUUUGAAAGUACAUUGAAUAAAUGGUUAACCGAU